AUGGCCUCUCAACAGCUUAAACCCCAGUUCUUCGUCACCCGCCAGAACGGUGCCAUGGUUCCACUCAUCGCCAUGGAUGAGCUGCCCAUCCAUGUACAAGUCCAAGGUGUAUCACGGACUCUGAAUGCUUUCGAGAUCGGUGGCAUGACUGGUGUUGGUCUCGCUGAAGCCCGACAUCAAUUCUACGUGGUCGAGAGCAUCAACAACACGAAACCAAUCUCAUUCGGUCCAGCCAAUCCAAAGUCUACGCCAGACUCUGCAACCAGCACACCGAUCUUGCGCACGACGGAUCUGGUAGCUCCUUCUACGAGCAUCGCCUCUGGCCCAUCAUCCAAUACCUCAGUGACCUCAGCUACUCAGGGAGCAGACUCAUCUCGUGCGACGUCUCCCGAAACAAUUGGUUUUGGCAAACCCGAUCCGCCAGCUCCUGUGCCAGCCGCACCAGCCCCGCUGCCCUGGCGUGGUCAUGCUGUACCCACUCCUCCUACUCCUACCCCGGGCCUUUCCACCUUGACCAAGAAGUCUCUUCCUGAGUACGACGAGAAUCCCGAAAUGCCGGCCCUUGGAGAGAAGAUUUACUGCUCCUACUGGCUCCGGAACGGCGAGUGUAGCUUCACCCAGACCGGCUGUAAGUUCAAGCACGUGAUGCCCAUCAGCAUCCCGGUCCUUGAAGCUAUCGGUAUGCGCGAUCUGCCUGAUUGGUUCCGCCAAGCCCACGGCUGUGGCAGUCUGAGCGUCAAUGGUGGACGAAAUGGCUUGAGCUUUGGCAUUACUCUUACCAACGUCAGUGGUUUGCCGGCCAAGUCUGAGCCUCGCACCCGGAUCGAUCCUGUGGCCAGUCGACGGACAAUUGCUGCUCACAUCAACAGCGUGCCGUCCCGAGGUCUUCGAUACGGUGGUGAUCAGCAGGCUUUCCGACCGAACAACCCACGUCGUGCUGCAAUUGGCGCUCCACGCGUUCCUCGUAUCCCUACGGACGAGGAGAAAGCCUUGGAGCGUGAGCGCCGCGACAAGCGCAUGGCGGCUGCUUUCGAUGCCGACAUGGAGAGCACUGCCUGUACUGAGAUGACCGAUGCCGAGAUGGUGAAGAUCAGGGAGCGCGAACAGGCCGGAUGGGAGGAAGAGCAGAAGGCUCGCCAGGGUACUGCAGGCGCAGGUGCUCAGACCGGUAGGGUCGAGGAGAGGAUUCCAGUGAAGGAGCAAGAGGGUGGCAGCAGCAAGGAGGAGAAGAACAAGUCUGAUCCUGGUUCCGGCUCAGGGGACAAGAAGAAGCCGCGCGGGCGAUAUGGUCGCAGCAAUCGUAAGACUGUGGAGUAG